AGAUGGCGGGACUAAUGACGAGCGAUUGUUUCGAUCUGUUGGUAGUCAUACCACGCGAAUCGGAAUUAGUACGUAUUCCGAUUUGGAUUCUGAUAUUUCGCACGAUAUUCGGGAGUUCUAGAGACGCGAUCGUGAAAUGCAAGUAUCGUGAGUGUGUUAAAAGACAUCGAGUUUUAAAAGACAUUCAAGUGGAUAUAUUCAAGAAGGAUAUUUCAAGAAGGGCAUCGAGGAGCAUCAUGGAAUCGGACGCUGUAAUCGGAUUAAUCAAAAGAGGGAAAGGUUGCUCAUCCAAAAAAGGAGAAACGACCGCAUGCAUCGCCAAGAAUCUGGCGGAUCGUGACUAAAAAUGACGAUGCGGGUCGGGCUUCUCUUUCGCCU